AAACCCAAAAUUAUCAAAUAUAUAUAAAAAAGACUCUCAUUUGCGUUUGCAUUUGCAGAAAAGAACAUGGUCACCAUAACCAUUUGAUGCAAAACAAGUCUCCGUUUUAUUCCUUCAUUUUUCCAUGUGCUGGGUUUAAAACCAGGAAAUAGAGAGUGAGGCCUCUCAAAAAUAGAUCAACACAAAAAAAUUAAAGUAGUUGACUAGAGAUAUUCCAGAUUUGGAGUAGCAAUGGCUCCUGGAGGCAGUGUUUGCAAAGAAGUUGUUGAAUCUCAUCCCUCUGUUGCGGAUUACAACAUUGCUACAACAAAAUCCGAGAGUAAUACUACAACGAUGAAAACUGCUGUUAGUUUUGUUAGAAAACAUGGAAUUCAUUCAAACAAUGGUGUUUAUGAGCUCCUUGAGUGUCCUAUAUGCACGAAUUUGAUGUACCCACCAAUUCACCAGUGCCCAAAUGGACACACUUUGUGUUCAAACUGCAAGAUUAGAGUGCACAACUGUUGCCCGACAUGCCGCUAUGAUCUUGGUAAUAUAAGGUGUUUAGCUUUGGAGAAAGUUGCAGAAUCCUUGGAACUCCCUUGUAAAUACCAAGGUUGCCAUGAUAUCUUCCCCUAUUACAGCAAGCUUAAGCAUGAGCCACACUGUCGGUUUCGUCCCUACAAUUGCCCUUAUGCGGGGUCUGAGUGCUCCGUCACAGGUGACAUCCCAACUCUUGUUGCACAUCUCAAGGACGAUCAUAAGGUUGACAUGCAUGAUGGAUGUACCUUCAACCAUCGAUAUGUGAAAUCAAAUCCACAUGAAGUUGAAAAUGCCACAUGGAUGCUUACUGUGCUCAAUUGUUUUAGAAGACAGUUCUGCUUGCAUUUUGAGGCCUUCCAGCUUGGGAUGGCACCUGUGUAUAUGGCCUUUUUACGUUUUAUGGGUGAUGAUAAUGAAGCAAAAAAGUUCAGAUACAGUUUGGAAGUCGGUGCAAAUGGUCGUAAGCUAAUAUGGCAGGGGAUUCCAAGGAGCAUCCGAGACAGUCAUAAGAAAGUUCAUGACAGUCAGGAUGGACUUAUUAUCCAAAGGAAUCUAGCUCUAUACUUUUCCGGUGGCAAUAGGCAAGAGCUGAAGUUGAGGGUAACUGGCCGUAUAUGGAAAGAAGAAUGAGAUAGGAAACCAUGGAGAAUUGAGGUGAUUUUGUACAGUUUCAAAAAUUCUGAGUCUCAUUGGCAAACCAAUGAAGCUUUCGUUUUGCUGAACGGGGCUUUCUUUUGUAUUUACAUGUUGUAUUGUGACUGGGUUACGUCGUUUACAGUCCAAUCCAUCUGCUGACCUCGCCCCAUCUACUGAAUGUUUAGUGUAGGAAAUGAUGAUUUAUAUUAGUCAACUUGGUUGCUCAAAGUUUAUUGCAGUCGUAUGUAUGAAACGUUCCUUUUGAAUCCUUCAAGGCUUGUGCCAUCUCUUGGUUGCAAUUGCCGUUGGCUUCAUGUAUUAAACCACUUCAUCAUUAUUAUCAAAUUCUAUUUUGCUCAUCCAUCCUGUUUUUUGCCUAUUGUUUUCUACUUUUUUGUCCAAACUCAAGAUUAUCGUCCUGAAAAGACCUUUUUCUACAUUUUUAAUAAUCAGAGUGCAAUAGCUAGUUGAUGAUACUAGCUUUCAUCGAUGCUGAGAAGAGUGCACAGGAAAUUUGCAUGUAAAGUAAAACUGACUUUCAAGAUUAUCAGUAGGACUAACACGUCAAAUGUCUUAAAACUUUGCCUAACUCUGGAACA